AACGAGAGAGGAUAAAGAAGAGGCUACGGGGUUUUGGGGAAAUGGGGAUUUGCGAAGGGGACGGAGCUAUGGAGAGGAGAAAACCCUAGAAAAGAGCGAAGAGGAACGGCGAAAUUGCCAUUAAUGGAGGCGAUUCUUAUUGCUUCUUCGAGCUCUCUCCCCGUUGGUAGGAGUAAGGUAGUAGUUUCUCAGAGAUAUCGGAACCAAGCUUAUCAUAGCUACCAUCUAUACUCAGAAUCUUAUUCGAAGCGGCGUUCUUCGAAAUCCUUCGUUAAACUUCAAGCUGCUGAACGUUUUGGCGACCCGAAAUAUAUCACGAACUAUGUGGAUAACUUGUCAAAAAGGCUGGUCUCGACCCUUCCUGAACCAAUCAAAGUAUUUCCGUGGAAAGAAGCUAAAAAUAAAGUUCUAGAGCAAUUGCUCGUUGUCGGCGAGAAAGCAUUGAAGUGGUCGUUAAUUGUUCUGUUUGUCGUUAGUGCCGCAUUAGAUUUAUAUCUAGCAAUAUCAAGAGACAGAGAGCUCUUGAUACCGCUCGGUCUAUUCGUAGGCAUUGCUCUCGCCGACUUCCUGACAGAAUCGCUGCACGCGCUUUUCCAGAAAACUACACAGGACGGAGAAUCUCCGAGGCAUCUUAUCAGCAUUGGAUCAUUCUUUGCGCUCAUGAAGAUCAUAUCUCUCUCCCUGAAGCUUCCUGGAAGGGUGCUUCUCUCUCAUGUAGGUAAUGGGGGGUUGAUGCAAGUGUUGUGGUCAGCGAAUAAGAUGCGAAAGAACGAUAAUUUCGAAGAAUCAAACGGCGUUUCCGAACCGAGCAGUGAAUUGGCUAAAAGUAAUGUGUAAACUUUACUGUGUGAAGGGAAUUUGUAAACUUGUUGUUGGCCACUAACUAAAAGUUCAUUUUUCCAAUUUUGUGGCUGAGCUAUUUGAACCUCUCUUUUAGUUGGAUGUUUGAGUAGUCUCUGGGUUAGUUCAUGUGAUAAAAUGGCGAAGAUGUACUCCGUCUUUCACGCCGACGGUCGGAUUGGGCACUCUGACGGUAUCCUCAGAUUUCACAAAAACACAUAUGACCGGCGUCUGCCUUUCUCUGCGAAGAUGAGUAACCUUAUCUCUAACUUGGCGACCUGCGCUGAUGUUCAUCUAAUUACAUAAAGUAUAUUGUUUCGACAUUCGUGCCAUCGCCAGUGUAGUUCUUUCGGGCAAAGAUUCGAAUUAAUCUUCAAAAUUGUGCCAGUUUUGUGUUUGUGUGACUCUCCCCUCACCUUUCCCCGCCAAAACCUUAUUUGAAUAUCUCAACAUGCGUAGUAAAUGAAUGAACCAUCUCUUCUCCUCCUCUGCCGCUUCCGCGACCUCCUCAAAGCCUCCGUCGCGGUGCGAGACCUCGCCGCGGGCGAGUCGCUCCACGCGCUCUACGUCAAGUCCCUCGUCCCCCACUCCACCUACCUCUCCAACCACUUCCUCCUCCUCUACUCCAAAUGCGGGCUCCUCCGCCGCGCCCACCACCUGUUCGACGAAAUCCCCCACCCGAACGUCUUCUCCCACAACGCCCUCCUCGCCGCCCACGCCCGCCGCCCCGACCUCGCCGCGCGGAUCUUCGACCGGAUCCCCGCCCCCGACCUCGUCUCCUACAACACCCUCCUCUCCGCCUUCGCCCGCGCGGGCCUCGCCGCGCGCGCCCGCGCCCUGUUCGACGAAAUGCCCCGCCGCGAACUCUUCUCCCGAAUGCGCCGGUCGGGCCUCCGUGACGCCGACGGGUUCACGCUCUCCUCCGUCGUCUCCGCCGGCGCCGGCGCCGGCGUCGGCGUCGACCAGCUCCACGCCCUCGCUGUGUCCACCGGGCUCGAUGCGUACGUCUCCGUAAACAAUUCGGUUAUUUCUGGGUACGGCAAGGGCGGGUCCGUGAGGAGCGCCGAGAAGCUGUUCGAUGAAAUGCUCGUGAGGGACGAGGUGUCGUGGAAUUGCAUGAUCGUCGUGUGCGGGCAACACCGCGAGGGGGCGAAGGCGCUGUCUCUGUUUCAGGAAAUGGUGAGGAGGGAUUUGCAGGUCGACGUGUACACGCUGGCGAGCGUGCUCACCGCCUUCACGGCUCUCGAGGACCUCCCGGGCGGGGCCCAGUUCCACGCCCGCCUGAUAAAAAGCGCCGUCGAGCGGAAUUGCCAUGUGGGCAGCGGUUUGAUCGAUCUAUACGCCAAGUGCGGAAGGAUUCGCGAUGCACGAAAAGUGUUCGACGAAGUGAGCGAGCCGGAUUUGGUGUUAUGGAAUACUAUUAUAUCGGGUUACUCAUUGAACGACGAAUUCUCCGAAGAGGGUUUGAAUUGCUUUAUGAAGAUGCGGAGGGACGGUUUCGUGCCCGACGAUUGUAGCUUUGUGUGCACGAUAAGCGCGUGCUCGAACUUGUCGUCGCCGUCUCAAGGAAGGCAAAUGCAUGCAUUGGCGAUCAAGUCGGAGCUCCCGAGCAAUCGGAUUUCGGUUAACAAUGCAUUGGUCAACAUGUAUUCGAAGUGCGGAAAUGUCGAGGAUGCUCAAAAGUUGUUCGAAAGAAUGAUGGAGAGGAAUACGGUUUCGUACAAUUCGAUGAUCGCCGGAUUUGCUCACCACGGAUUGGCUGUUGAGGCGUUGGGCCAUUUUAGAGAAAUGCUCGACGCGGAAAUUGAGCCUACAAGCAUUACUUUCAUUUCCGUGCUCUCCGCGUGCGCGCACACGGGAAAGGUCGAAGAAGGUCGGGAGUAUUUCCAUUUGAUGAGCAAAAAGUACGGAUUAAAACCGUGCGAGGAGCAUUACUCGUGCAUGAUCGACCUCCUCGCUCGCGCUAAGAGGUUUGAAGAAGUCGAGGAGCUGAUCGUCGCAAUGCCGUUCGAUCCGGGACCGAUCGGGUGGACCGCGCUUCUCGGCGCGUGUAGGACCCACGGGAACAUGAAUCUUGGGGCGAGGGCGGCUGAGAAGAUCAUCCGAUUCGAUCCUCACAAUGCUUCAGCGUAUGUUAUGCUCGCGAACAUGCACGCGAGCAGCGGGAGGUGGGAGGAAGUCGCGAAAGUGCGAAAGCUGAUGAAAGACAGAGGUGUUCGGAAAAAACCCGGCUGCAGUUGGAUCGAGCUGAACAAAACAAUCCACGUGUUUGUCGCCGACGACGUGUCGCAUCCUCGGAUUAAAGAGGUUUACAGAUUCUUAGAGGAAAUGUCCGAGAAGAUGAAGGGACUAGGGUAUGUGCCGGACGUGCGGUGGGCUCUGGCAAGGGAUCACGAGAUAGAAGGCGAGAAAAGGCUGCGGCACCACAGCGAGAAGCUCGCGGUCGCGUUCGGAUUGAUCAGUACUCGGGACGGAGAGCCCAUUUUGGUGAUCAAGAACCUGCGGAUUUGCGGGGAUUGUCACAGUGCAAUCAAGCUCAUUUCGAAGAUAGUUGGGAGGGAGAUUACAGUUAGAGAUGCUCACAGGUUUCAUUGCUUCAGAGGGGGGAGUUGCUCUUGUGGAGAUUAUUGGUGAAUGAAUCCCUUCAGAAUACAUUAUCAUGAUUUUUGAAAUUUUAUUUGUUUUCAAUAGUUUUUUUUUUUUUUUUUUUUUUUUUUUUUUUUUUGUUGUUGUUGUGCAGUAGAGCUUCACCUGCUAUUUUAUUUUCAUUUACAUUAUCUCUUGAAACGUAGCAAUAUAUUUCUCCAAUGGCAAUUGUCAUUCUAAAACUAUUUUA